AUGGAGAGGAAGGGGAAGGAGCCAUGGAUGGAGGUGGUGUGCAGCAAUCCUCUGAUGGUGGGAGGAGGCUUCUCCAUUUGGCCUCCGAGGUCCUACUUUUGUAGCUUCUGCAAGAGGGAGUUCAAGUCAGCUCAGGCACUUGGAGGACACAUGAAUGUGCAUAGAAGGGACAGGGCCAGGCUAAGACAGCCGCAGUCGCAGCCGCAGCGCCUACCUCUGCCUCUUUUUGACCUGGAUUUUCCUAAACCUAAUGACCUCAUCAACCUCCUGCCAACGCCUCCAGGCCCUGCUCCUGCAGCCAAGGAGAUGAUGAUCCCCAUCAAUGUUCCUCCUCUGGUGCAUUUCUCGACCGCCGCCGACGAGUUGAGGAAAGCCGUGGACGUGACUGUGAAGGAGCUCCUCGUGGAAGAAGGCGAGAGCGGAGGGACAAUGCUGCCGAAGGGAAGAGAAGUUGUGAGGCUGGAGUUGGAGAUCGGAAUCUUCGGCGGCCGUGCUGUUCAUGAAAAGGCGGAAGAGGAAGAAGAGGAGGAUCUUGACUUGGAACUUCGUCUGGGAUUUGUCUAG